CUUCCGGCUUAGAAAAACAAGGUUACAAUGCCAGUUGCAGAUUCCUCUUUGAUUGAAGACAUAGAAGACAUUGUCAACCAGAACUCCUCUGCUGGUGAUGUCCGUCAAGAGAAUAAGAGACAAGUUGUCCCUAAAGCCAAACGAAUCCACAGACAAACUAAGGAGGAAGCAGUCCAUGCUGAUAGCAUCAUACCAGGAACACAGAAGAUUUGGCUGAAAACCUGGGGAUGUUCUCACAAUAAUUCUGACAGUGAAUAUAUGGCCGGACAGCUGGCAUCAUAUGGCUACAAAAUUACAGAUAACAGUGAAUUGGCAGAUCUGUGGCUCCUGAACAGUUGUACUGUCAAAAAUCCUGCUGAGGAUCAUUUCAGAAAUGAGAUAAAAAAGGCCAGAGAGAAACAGAAGAAAAUUGUGGUAGCUGGCUGUGUCCCCCAGGGUCAGCCAAGAGCUGAUUAUCUACAGGGCCUUAGUGUUAUAGGAGUUCAACAGAUUGACAGGGUCACAGAGGUCGUGGAGGAGACAUUGAAAGGUCAUUCUGUAAGGUUAUAUGGCCAGAAGAAACAGGAGGGAAAGAAGGUAGGAGGGGCAUCACUCAGUCUGCCCAAAAUCAGGAAGAACCCCCUCAUAGAAAUCAUUGCUAUAAACACUGGGUGCCUGAACCAGUGUACAUACUGUAAAACCAAACAUGCCCGAGGGGAGUUAGGGAGUUAUCCCCCAGAGGAAAUUGUUGCCAGAGCCAAACAGUCAUUUGAGGAGGGUGUAGUUGAGAUCUGGCUGACUUCAGAAGAUCUGGGUGCCUAUGGACAUGAUAUAGGGGUGACCUUGCCUGAGUUGCUAUGGAAACUUGUGGAGGUCAUUCCGGAGGGUGCCAGAAUGAGGCUAGGGAUGACAAACCCUCCUUAUAUUCUGGAGCAUCUCGAGGAGAUGGCUAAGAUCCUGAGACAUCCCCGAGUUUACGCGUUCCUCCACGUCCCUGUACAGUCAGCUUCUGACAGUGUUCUGAUGGACAUGAAGAGGGAGUACUGUCAGGCCGACUUCAGACACGUAGCAGACUUCCUGAAAGAAAGAGUACCUGAAGUCACCAUAGCAACAGAUGUGAUUUGUGGAUUUCCCACAGAAACAGAGGAGGAUUUUGAAGAAACACUAAAACUUGUAGAGGAGUACAAAUUCCCUAGUCUGUUUAUAAACCAGUUCUUUCCCAGGCCUGGAACUCCUGCAGCAAAGAUGCCAAGAAUACCAGCUCAACAGGUUAAACAGCGAACGAAGAAGAUCUCUGAGUUGUUCCAUUCUUACCGACCAUAUGAUCAUAAGAUGAAUGAAAUACAGGAGGUUUUGGUGACAGAGAUAUCACAUGACCAGCAGUACUUUGUCGGUCACAACAAGUUCUAUGACCAGGUGUUGGUCCCUAAGGAUGAAGAUCUGAUGGGUAAGAUGGUGACUGUUCAGAUAAAGGAGACGGGGAAACAUUACCUCAAGGGACAGCUCCUGUCAGACAAGGAUGCCAUUCGCCCCGAUGUUCCUCUCCCCCUAAAGAAAGGCCAGGUGUCAGGGGCACCCCUAGUCCAGACUGAGAAGAUCUCCAAUCACAGUUUUGUAAUGGUCAUUUCUUUAGUAGCAGUGCUAAUAGCAGUGAUAUGGAGAUUCUAUGGUUUAGUUUUAGGAGCAACGUGAUGAUAUGCAUGUUAUCUGAAUUGGCAGACUAGAACUGAAGAGAUUAUGUGUGUAAAGAACUCCAUACUUUUAUUUAAAAGACUGUGAUAUGUAACACAACAACUUGCUGAUCCUGGGACAAGCAGGGGAAUUGACCACAGGAUGUUGGAAUGUUCUUUAAAAGAAUAAAAUAGAUAAACCUUGA